AUGCCCUUCAAGGUUGCCGGACACAGGGAACGGAACCCCCGGGUGCAGUUCGGCGGUCAGGUGAAGGUCAGCCCCGAGGAUGUCAUCGAGAAGGUCGGGUGGCGGUCGGGGGGCUACCAGCAGUUCCUCCUGCUGGUCACCUGCAUCACCAUCGCGAGCGAGGCGGCUGAGGUGGCGCUGCUGUCCCUCAUUCUGCCCCACGUCAAGAACGAGUUCAACCUCACGAACUGGGAGACGGAUAAGGUGGCGAUGUCCAUCUUCGCGGGGCAGAUGUUCGGAUGCUUCGUCAUGGGGGCGCUCGCUGAUUCGUUUGGGAGGAAACCGUGUUCGAUCAUCGCAUCGGCGCUCGUGGCGGUGGGGGGAUACGCGAGCGCUCUGGCGGACAGCACCACCGCGCUCAUGAUCUGCAGGUUCGCGGUUGGCCUCGGCGUGGGUGCCGCGUUCGUCCCGGUGGACAUGCUCGCGGAGGCGUGCCCGGAUCACGUCCGAACCACCAGGACGCAGCUCGCGAACUUGUCCUUCUCGGCGGGCGUCGUCGCCGUCACCGUCGUCGGCGCCGUGAUCCUGGAGCCGUGGGGUUGGAGGCUCCUCGCGUUCGUCGCCGCGGUGCCGCCCACCGUCGCCCUCGUGAUGGCGUUCUACCUGGACGAGUCCCCCACGUGGCUGGCGGAUGUCGGGCGCGGAUCGGAGGCGAAGCGGGCACUGGAUCGGAUCUGCGUGGAGAACACGGGGUACCCGCUGCCGGAGGGACUCCAUAUCGUGGGGGAGAGGGAGGCGGGCGGGGGCGCGACGAUGGACGUCGCGGAGAAGGGCGUCGCGUCGGCGGGCGGGGGAGCCGGGGAGGCGUCGGCGUGGUAUAACCUAGCCGGGAACCUGGUGAACCUCUUCCGCACGGUGUGCCUGUGGAGCCUGGCGUUCGUGCAGACGUUCAACUUCUACGGUCUCAUGCUGAACGCGCCGGUGGUGUUCAGGGUUAAGCAGUACGCCGACGACGGCGUGACCGAGCUGACAAACAGGGUGGUUUUUGAUUACGCGGCUAUCCUCAUCGUCAACUCUGGGGACCUGGUGGGGAACUUCUCCGCGCUGCUGGCGCUGAGGAUGAAGACGAACCCGAGGCGCGUUGCGGCGGCGUGCGCGGCGAUAUCCGUCCCGAUGCUGUUCGUGCCGCUGGUUCCUGCGCUCAACAGUCACAGAUGGGGAUUGGUGUUCCUGAUGCUGGUCGGGCGGAUCCCCGCCGCUCCUAUUGGCUCCAUGUCGUGGAUCCUCAACGCGGUGGCUUACCCGACUCUGUUCCGAGCGACCGGUCACGGUUGGGCGAACGCGGUGGCCAGGUUCGGAGCGGUGACCGCGUCAUCGAUGUACUCGAUGCCCGCGGCUCUCUCCAUACCCAUCCACGCGCUGGCACUGGUGGCUGCUAUUCCCGCAGCGCUUUUCAUGCCAGCCGGCGCGCUUGAGCAUGAUCAAAGCCCGAAGGGUCGACGGUGA